UUCCCGAGGGCACCGAUUCUGCAGUAAUCUCACCCCUCUCUCGUGCCAUACCCCCGCUCCUCCUCCCUCACUUUAUAUCUCCUUAAAUUUCUUCGUCACUCCCCUUCUAAGUCUCGUCUCUGUGCCGUUCAAUUUUAUCACUAUCUCCAAGUUCUCGAGAUGGCUACCGCACCCCCAAGCACUACCCCUGAGCCGAAGACUACCAUCAAGUCUGUUGAUAUGACAGAGGAGAUGUCUUCUAUCGCCAUCGACGUUGCUAAGAAAGCGAUAAAUAGCAACAACGUCGAGAAGGAUAUUGCCCAGUAUAUCAAGAAGGAGUUUGACACCAAAUUUGGCAGCACAUGGCACUGCAUUGUCGGAAGAAACUUCGGAAGUUUUGUUACUCAUGAAACCAAAAAUUUCAUCUACUUCUACGUCGGACACCUCGCAGUCUUGCUUUUCAAAACUGCGUAGUUUACCGCUUACUUGGUACGGUCGGUGUCUGGUUGGGACGGCAGGAGAGUUGGUAAUACCCCAUUGUUAAUUGACGAUGGUUAUCGCUAUUCGCUUUCCUCUUCUUUUUCUAUUCUCUUCCGGCAGAUAUGUUUUCGGAAGUUUCUCGGAGCUUGUAGGGUACGAUAUAUAUGACGUGAAAUGGAUCAAUAAAUACUUCUAAGUGAUCUCACAUG